ACUAAUGAGUAUAUCAAAACCAAUUUCAUAACCAAAACUCUCCCCAUUUUUAGUUUCUUCUUUAGACUAAAGGGAUUGAGAUACAUAUGGGUGGUGCUGGGUUGUGAAAUAGGUAGUUUUAUGUGAGGCAUGACAAUCUAAUUUAUGGGAUAGGAAGAUUUAGAAUAUGUGAUCAACAAGUACUCGAAGGGAUGGAGAACCAACCACUGUUGAUUGAUUCAUUGCAUUCUUCCAAAACAAGACCGACUUAACUCGCUUGCUUCCAACUAGAGACGACUCUCGUUUUCCAAAGGCAACUGUUGUUAGUGUGUACUAUGGGGCGAGCGUCUGCUGACCACCCCCGGGUGGAUGUCUAACUGGGUUUUAACAAUGCGUGGCUUUCACGCUCUGUUGAUGUUAGGAGUACCAAAAAAAAAUUUUGAGGUCAGUAAAUUUAUGUUUACUGUGCCAUAAAGAUGAUGACCGACCGAAAUUUGAAUUUCAUCAACCCUAACUUUUGCCUCCGCCGCACAGAGCUGCUUUGGGAGGAGUUCACACUUUGAAUCUCAUCAACCCAAACUUUUUGCCUCCAGUCGUCCCCAUCGCUUGCCCCGAUACCUCACACCCACCAUGUACCACCCCCGCCGGGCUGUUAUCCUCCGCCACCGCCACCGCCUCCUCCUUAUUUUGCAUUAUCACCCUCAAUCUCGCCUUCAGCUACCUCCUCAGCAGCUCAAUCAGGUAGAAUGAAAGGAACUAAUAAUAAAUAUCUUCUCAAGUGAGAUGAAAACCUUAGCAGCGCUCCCUCUCGCGCUAACUGUAGUGCCGCCUCCCCAGGUCGGUAAUAAGCAGAGCCGCUCUGGCCGGCUUCCAACCCCAAGGCAUUUGGGUCAGUUUCCUCCCAUAACUUUUGAGCCUUCUAGUCUUCGGGUUCACCUACCCCUGUCAAGAUCUGCUGCUGUUAUCAAUGACUAUGGCGGCAGGAUUGUUCUAUUAUGCCCAGACCGUGGAGACGCCUACGGCGGUCCAAACAAGCCUUCAAACCUCAGACCUUUGGAUUCGAUCCUUUUUCUCCCGUCGACUGUCCUUGUGUUGUCAAGACUUGAACCGUCCUCUUGGGAAGGCUGCCUGCAAUCGUCGUGGUGGCCUGAUUGGUGGAGGCUCGAUUUUCAGAUCUCUGAACUGGAUGGUGGCGGUGGCCUAUACUAUGGUAGAGAGGUUUUUACAAUCAGGUUACCUUCGUCAAGAAGCAUAGCUGCUCGAUGGUGCAGUCCAAAGUCUGGGGAUCGUCACCAUGCUUCAUCGUCGUUGGGUUGGUCUUGGCCGCUGGAGGCGUUGAAGUCAAGCUGUUUGAUGGAGGCGCUGGAGGUGCGAAAAAUUCUGCUCCAAUUUGCAAGGGCAGAGACUAGAGGCGUCAGGCCUCGAUCUGAGGGUCUGGAGACAAGCAAUUUUGCAUCCCGCCGGACUGGUGGUGGAACACCAUGCAUCGUGCCGGACAAUGGUGUCUUCCCGAUGGGGAUGCCCACAUCAUGGCGGUUUGGACGGCUGCCGGCGAUUUUGGUGGAGAGGGAAGCAUGCUGGUGGGUCCUGGGGCUUCUUGGGCUGCUAGUUCUGAAAUCAAGUUUUGGGCUAGAAUCUCUUGGAUCCGGCAUGAGCAUUGGGUCUUUGUACCCAUUCUUCAAUUAGUUUUGUUUUUUAACUAGCCUAUUACUAUGCAAGAUUAGUUCAUAGUUAUAGGCUCACUUUAAAUAAGUGAGCGAUAAGUUCGAAUAUAGUAGGUCUAUCCUAUGUACCACUGUGGCUCCUCCACGAAUUCUUGUCUGGCCAUUGUUAUGUGUCAGCGGAUGGGUAUGUAAUGGCCUUCUUGGCAUGAGUUAUUAUUAUCAAUGGAUUUCCAUUAUUCAAAAAAAAAAA